CGCUUUGCAAGCAUUUCUCCAGUACAUUGACACGAAUAGAGCACUUGAUGCAUAUGCAACCAAGCUCAUCGAUGGUAAGCAAAUGUUCAUAUUUGUCGGUGAUCGUUUCAUUGCGGCAGAUUCACCAGCCCGAGGAUAUAUUCGAUCGAAGGUGCGAGAUUUGUUCGAGAAGUUGAAACGUCGCCGUAAAUGUACAGUGGUCGAGGUGGACGAAUUUCGAACGACCAAAUUAUGUUCGUUGUGCUUCCGUGAACUUGAAAAACCGACAAAAAGAGGCAAAGUAAAGGAGAAAUAUCGCUAUCUCACAUGCCAUGGAUGCGAACCAUUGUGUGGAGAAAAUGUGCUUGGAAAAGCCCAAGGUACGAUUGAAUCACGAAAAAGCAAUCGCAAAUUGACGCAGCAACGAAAACAUCGUCCCCGUACUGAUGGUCCACGUAUGGCAUCAAAAUUUCGUAAAUAUGAAGAGAAAACUCGAAUUGGGCGUACUAUCACCUGGAAUCGUGAUGCAAAUGCAGGUCGUAACAUUCUCUACAAAGGAUGGUGUGCUGUUAUGAAUAUAGAGCUACAUCCAGCAUUUCAACGGCAUGUUGAAGAAGAAGAAGAAAAUGCAGGAGGAGGAGAUCCACCGCCAGCACCACAAGCACGAGCUCGACAAUCAAGACGAGCAGCAUCCAAUCAAAAUCAACAAACAACACAACGAACAUUGCGUUCUCAUCUGGAUCAAGCGCGGAGCUCUCGGCCGUAAGCCCUGGGUUUUGUGCGGGAUUUCAACGUGUUCCUACAAUUCGCUAC